AUGGGGUGGCCAUUCAGCAGAAUAGGAGCUUCUGGGUUUUCAUCAUAUUCUACUGCCAAGGAAGUUACUCAUGGAAUCGAUGGAAGUGGUCUCACUGCUAUUGUUACAGCAUCGAGUGGUCUUGGUGCUGAGACUGCUCGUGUUCUUGCUUUGCGUGAUGUCCAUGUGAUUAUGGGGGUGAUAGAUAUGAUUGGUGCAAAAACUGUUAAGGAAGCAAUACUUAAGGAGGUUCCCACAGCUAAAGUUGAUGUCAUGGAGCUAGAUCUUAGUUCUAUGACAUCUAUCCGGAAUUUUGCUUCAAAGUUCAAUUCAUAUGGUCUUUCAUUGAAUAUUUUGAUAAACAAUGCAGGAAUUUGUGCUGCCCCUUUUGCACUAUCCAAGGAUAACAUUGAACUUCAAUUUGCCAUAAAUUACAUAGGUCAUUUUCUUUUAACAAAUGCGUUGUUGGAUACUAUGAAGAAAACAACAAGUGAAAGUAAGAAACAAGGAAGAAUUGUUAAUGUCUCAUCAAUUGGUUAUCGAUUCACAUAUCAUGAAGGAAUCCUUUUUGACAAAAUUAAUGACCAGUCAAGUUACAACAAUUGGUGUGCAUAUGGACAAUCAAAGCUUGCUAAUAUUUUGCAUGCCAAUGAACUGGCAAGGCGUCUCAAGGAAGAUGGAAUAGAUAUUACUGCUAAUUCUGUUCAUCCAGGAGGCACUAGGUCCACCAAUAUUCACAUUCAUAAUCGUUUAUUGACUGGUUUAGUCAAAAUUGUAAGGCUAUUUGGCGUCGAGAAGAUACUGGGACUUAUGGCGAAAAAUGUGCAGCAAGGAGCAUCAACAACAUGUUAUGUAGCCUUGCACCCCCAAGUGAGUGGAAUCAACGGCAAACAUUUUGCUGAUAAUAAUCUUGCGGAAGUAUACUCACAUGGAAGGGACGUGGAUUUAGCCAAGAAGUUGUGGGAUUUUAGCAUAAAUUUGACCAAGUAA